UACACAAUUAUAGAUAUCACAAUCUUGAUUAGGUACUGUCAAUUUUUCUCCCAGUCUCGUUCUAGUCUCACGUCAAAAUGGUGACAGUUAAAAGAAUACUGGUCAUCUACACCGGUGGUACCUUUGGGAUGCUGAAGAAUGAAAAAGGAGUGUUGGUACCACAGAAGGACAUAGAGCACCGUGUGAUCCGGAAGCUGCCGCAGCUACACGACAAUGAGUACUGGAAACAGAACCUCCACGGCACAGACAUGGAGGAGUACGUCGCGCUACCUGACGGCAAAGACACAGACAUCAAGGUGUUGUACAAAAUAUACGAGUACGACGAGCUGAAGGACUCCUCCGACUUCAAUAAUGACGACUGGCUCAAAAUGGCUAGAGAUAUCAAGAGAUUCUACCACGAUUACGACGGGUUCGUGGUGCUGCACGGGACCGACACGACCGCGUACGGCGCGUCGGUUCUGUCCUACAUGCUGGAGACCGUCGGCAAGACCGUCGUGCUCACUGGUGCUCAGGUGCCGAUCUUCCAGCCCCGCAGCGACGGCAACAACAACCUGUUCUGCGCGCUGCUGGUGGCCGCCACGCUGCACAUACCAGAGGUUACGGUGUUCUUCGGCGCCAAGCUCUUCAGGGGCACCAGGGUGAAGAAAGUGUCAAACACCAGGAUCCAAGCGUUCGAUUCCCCCAACUUCCCGGCGCUGUUGGAAGCGCGGACGACGUUGGACAUCGAGCCCAAGAUGCUCAUCCACCCGGCCGGCUCCGUGCCCGACGUAUGCCAGAUCCAUGACCAACUCUCGCACAAGGUGUACGUACUAAAAGUCGCGCCCACCAUCACACCCGAGAUUAUUAGAGCUGUGUUCAAUGGAAUGGAUGGUGUAUUAUUAGAAACAUACGGCAACGGUAACAUUCCUAUCAAGCGGAAAGAGAUAUACAAAGAGAUAGAGAGAGCAGUGAAGAACAAAGUACUAGUCGUUAACGUGACGCAGUGCAUAAACGGCACAGUGCUCGGCAAGGCCAUCUAUGAGACAGGAUUGCUGCUGGUGGAGUGCGGCGUGGUGCCGGCGUUCGACAUGACGGCGGAGGCGGCGCUGGCCAAGCUCUCCUACGUGCUCACCAAGACAGAGCUCUCGUACGAACAGAAAGUUGAGUUGAUGAAGACGAACAUACGAGGAGAACUGAACAAUCCGAAUCACAAUUAAUUUAGACUUAAUUAAUUUUAGCUUGUAAUAUUAUAAUGUAAAUAAAGUUUUGUACAGUUGUUACACA